AUGCGCAAGAAGCAGGUUGACCCCGAGAAUGUUGGCCUUCUGACCACGCGUACAAGAUAUAUCGUCUUGAUUUUAGGUGAGUUCCCUGUUUCAGCUUCAAAUUUUUAGUCAAAAAGCAGCCUCGAGCCGUUGGCCAGGUGGAUUCAGUUUUUACAGUUCGCAACAAAAAAAUCAUGAUGAACUCCAAGAAUCUUUGAAAAACGAAUACCGAAGCUUCCUAAAAGCUUCUUUUCAUGUUUUGAGCUUACGCUUAAGAAGCAUUUGAGUUCAAAAGGUCAAAUCAGGCUCUUUUUUUUUUUACUACUAUGUAUUUCGAAGAUCAAUUCAGUUUACCCACCACGUUGUUGUUUGCUUUUUUCUCCAAAUAAAGUUGAACUUUUGAUUUUUUUUCCCUCUCGGUAUCGUUGAUCAGUGAAUGAACAAACAAUAGUGAUGUUGCGACUUUACAGCAAGAGUUAAUGAAAACACCGAGUUCAAAAAUUUUUGAAUCUUUGUGAAUUAUGACAGAAUAAGUCAACCAUUUCUAAAACAAUGAAAAAAAGUUUCUGAAAAACUUUUUUUUGUAAAAUCAGCAAGUAAAAACGUCAACGCUACAGUACUUCUGUUUACCUGUCACCUUAGUCAAACUAUUAUUCACUUGAAGGCAGGUAACACCCUAAUCCUGAACAAGACUACUUUUUCCGGGAUAAACAUGCUUUCUGUUGUUGCAAACGUGGUUUUUUGUCAUAACAAAAGGAAAGGAACACAUGUUUUUUAUGGUUUAAAAAUACAUUUGAAAGAUUUUUAUGGUUCGUGAUAGAAUAAAUGCAAAAAGUAUAUACUUAUUGUGAUAUUUCCUCGGAAUUUUCUAAAAUUUCAAAACCGUAAAAAAUAGUCAUUUUUCAGGCUCGGCAUGUAUUUCCGCAAUCGCGUCCAAUAUGAUCGUAUUGAAUUUCACUUUGAUCUGCAUGGGAACCCACAGAAAUGAUUCCGUAGGAUUUCAAAUCGAAAUCCGAUCAAGAACUUUGUUUUCAGGAGGCCCCGAUCACUGAAGCAGAACGAGGGCCUUAUGAUUAUAACAACACUGAAAAAUCCUUUUUGAUGUGGGCAGUUGCGGUUGGAACUUUGCUUGCUGCGUGGCCGUUCCAUUGGUUAGAGAAUCAGUUUUUACCCAGGAAUAACUAAUUUGAAAAAUGAAAAAUGAUUAUGGGUUUCGGAAGAAAGCCUCGAAAAAUAGGGAUUCAAGAUUCCGUAUUGAACUGAAGGGCUCCGGAAAUGUUUGAAAUGUUUUUCUUUGAAACUUUUCAUGCUCUAGUAGAUUUCUCGCUAUCUCGCAAUAGUUUUUACUUCGAAAUAAGCUUGAAAAGUGGUCCAGAGCACAAACGGAAAAUUUCGACCAAUUGCCAGUAAAAUGAAAAAGUCUUCGUUCAUAGACCUUCCUAAAGAGUCUUUUUGACCUCUCGAUUCCUUUUUUCUUGGUUUUCUCAUCGAAAACCAUGUGAGUACAAAAAUGAAGAUUAAAUUUAAAGGUUCUACCAAAAGUUCGGAGCCCGACUAGUAUUCUUCAUCGCCGGAUUGAUUUCUACAAUCGCUACCGCCGUCAUUCCAAUUGCUGCAGACAUCAGCUUCAACCUGCUAAUUGUCGCUCGUUUCUUCCAGGUUUCGAAAAAAAUUGCAAAAAUAUUAGAAAUUUUUAAAAAUUUUCCAGGGCGUCUCCUUUGGAGCGGACUUUGCAGCCAUCGGCCUUAUCGUAGUCAACUGGGCCUCUCUGAAACAGCACGGAUUUUUCAUCUCUCUCUUGUCUUCGUUCUCCCAGAUUUCUGUCAUGUUUACCAUGCCUGUGGCUGGAGAGGUGAGACUUUGAAAUUUGUAAGGAGGAUAGGAGAAAACAGAGUCUUGAUGAUAAAAGAUAUGAUUGAAUUCGAAAAAGAAGGCAUAGGAAAGUUGACCGAACUGGAACGAAUUAAAAUAAAGCAAAAGGAUUUAAAUUUUCGCCUGAAGGAGACUCUGAUUAAAGAUAGAAGAUUUUUUUUUGAACUCAACUUCGAAAUUUUUUCCUACGGGCUUUCUUUGCAAGAUUAUGAAUAAAGUAAGGUUUGAACAAAAUAAUCAGGCGAAUCAAGUUUUAAAAGACAUAGAACAAUGAUGUAAGCUGAAAUGUAUUGAUUUAUCUGUACUUUUCGGCUAAUCUUGGCCAAGAUUGGAAAAAUAUGUAACUUAUUUCACCAGCGUUUCCAACAAAGAUCACUUUUCCUACUGUUCUAUGAACUCAACUUUGGAACUGUUCUCUCAUCUCCGCAACUCUCAAACACAUUUUUCAGUUGUGCGAAUCUGCUCUGGGAUGGCGCUCUGUCUACUAUGUUCAUGCGAUUAUCAGUGGCCUGUUGUUCAUCGCCUGGUUUGUUUACUACAGGUGCAAAAAAUAUCACAGGAGCGGUUUUUUAUUUGUGUGUUUUUCAGAGACAACCCGACGAACCAUCCUUCUAUGACGGAAAUCGAAUUGGAGAAAAUUCACAGAGGAAAGGGAGAAGUUAAGGAGCAUGAGCCUGUGCCAGUCAAGGUUUUUAAGAAGAUUCAAUAAGGGAUAUCUGUAUGAACUUUUCAGGCUAUCUUGACCAAUCCAGUGAUGUGGGCUGUUUGGAUGUCAGCUUUUGGAGAACUCAUGAUGUCUCAAUUCAUUGUCAUGUAUGGCCCAACUUUCUUGAAAGAGGUUGGUUCGGAUAUGAAACAUAAGAAUUAACUUCAACGAAAUAUGAAAGCUUCAAAUUGUAAAUUUGAAAUUUCGUUUUUUACCAGCUAUUAGUUGUUUCCUCUAAAUACAUCUUUAACCAAGGCAAAUAGGUUUGACUAAAGCCGAAAAAUCAAAAGUACUUUAAAGAACUGCGAGAUUAUUAAUAAAGUUUGUUCCUCACUUGACAACGAAUUUAAACCAUGAAUCUUCGUUCUGUAACGGUGAUGAUGUUCUGGAUUUCCGCAAAAGAAAGCUCAGAUUAACUUAUCAAUGAUCGAAAAUCUGAAUUAUCUCAGAAGACUUGUAAAAUAACAACAGUUUCAUUCUUGAAAUUGGAACUCUUUUCAGGUUCUUGGGUUUGCCGUCGCCCACACUGGAUACUUUGUUGCCAUUCCCCGUGCUCUCCACUUGGCUUUCAAAAUCAUUAGUGGAAUCGCCAGUGACCGAAUUUCGUAAGUUAUCAUAACACGGUUAUCAUUAGAAAUCGGAGCUUUAUAGGUUCCUCACAGAAAAGACCAAAAUGCGGAUAUUCAACACAAUUGCCUUGAAGGUCAGUUUCAUAAUUUUCAAACAAAUUCAGAAGCGUUGUUCAGGUUUCUGGAGUCUUUUUCUGCAUCCUCGGGUUCUUGCCCAAAGAACACGCGCAAUAUUCUUUGGUUGCUCUACUGAUCAUUGAGUGCUCGACUGGUUUUAUUUGUGGAGGAUUCUACAAAUGCGCUACCUUGGUGGCCAGGUAGGAAUGAAGGAGAUUCAAGCCAUUAAAAUUGACAAAUCUGAGUUCAAAUAUAGAAGUCGUUGCCAAUAUGCCUUCUCGGAAAAGAAAAAAACAAUUUUAACUUUUGAAGUGCAUUAUUUAAAAAAAAAAUUGAACUUACAUUCAAAUGAAUAAAUAAAUCUUGAUUUUGGUAUCCAAAGUAACGUUUCCAAUUAGGCGGCGUCAAAGAUUUUUGAAGUGGAUGAUUUUUUUUUCUAUAAUCUAGCUACAAAUCCUGCUGAAAAAAAAAGACACUUUUAAUUAAAAAUGAGCUCAUUUUUUGCUUAUUUUAGCAUUGCAACAAUAAAAGGCUCAAUGAUUAUUUUUCAGACAACACUCCCAUUUCGUUCUUUCCCAAAUCCAGUUUAUCAAAUGCGUUUCUCUGUUCAUCGAACCUCUUCUGGUGUUCCUCAUCUGCAAGCACAACACUCUGGGAGAAUGGCGUAUCGUCUUCCUCAUCCAUGGAGUUCUUCUGAUUGGUUAGAACUAUUCAUGUUGACUCGAAAUUUUGAAAAAUCUCUUUUUCCAGGCGGAAACUUGAUCUUCUGCUACUACGCGACCGACAAGCCGGCCGAUUUCACCAAGGCUUCGGCUUCUGAAGAAAUGAAAGAGAUGUCGCCGGAACAGAAAAGGUCCUGCCUCACUCAGUGUUGCAGCGCAUUUUAGUUCAUUAUUGGAAUUUAAUAAAAAUUUUUUCUCUGAAAAAUUUAUGUGUUUUUUCACAUUUGUGUCGUAUUUUUGUCUUGUCCUGUACGUGUACUUACCUUUGCAUGACGAUGUGCAACAAUAAAUAUUUGCAUUAAAAACAGCACAAUCGAAAAAGGAACUCCAAUGAACUUUCAAAUUUCAGACUUACGGAGCACAUUGAAGAGUGA